UCGCAUGCCAAUACUAGGAGGGAAUGUGACAACCUGAUGUGACCUCAGUUCCCACCCGCGCGCCAGCCGCCCAGAUGUUUCUCCACUCCCUCCUGCUGCAAAACAUGGCCAAGAACCCACAGCAAGCUAGGUCGAAGAAGUCGAAGGACGGCGGUGCGGCGAGAGCGAGGGACCUGUCGAAGAAGUCCCCGUGGUACCAGCGCGCGGUGGAGCUGCUGCUCCUCAUAUGGAAGCAGCCUGCUGCCGCGGGGGCGCCGACGCCGUCGAAGGCGGCGGCCGCGGCGGGGGUGUCGGCGUCGGCGACCGGGACCGGUAAGGCGGGGGCGGCACCGGGUUCCGGGCCGGGUCGGCUGCGCAAGUCGUCGUCGCUGAACGUGGCGGCGUCGUUCACGCGCGUGUGCCUCUGCGCGCCCAUCUCCUCCUACAACGAGCAGUCGCUCUACUUCCAGGCGGGCGACGCGGCGGCCCCGCGCCGGAGCUACAGCUACCCGCGCGCGUCGUCGGCGUCCGCGUCCGGGUCAGGGUGCGGCAAUAACGCCAACCCGCUGGUGGCCCCGCCGCCGCGCGCCGAGCCGCCGCAGAGGGGUGGGAGCGUGGAGCGGCGGCCGGUGUUCCGGGGCAAGUCGCUGACGGACGACGUGCUGAUGCGGCGGCUGGUGGUGGACGAGGUGGCCUCGCGGCGGCGGAGCCAGAUGGAGGUGAUCAGGCGGCGGCACGCGGCGUCGUCCAAGCGCCGGCGCCUCGGCCCCAGCCCGCUGCGCAGGAUGGCCCUGCCGGAGUCGUCCGAGGAGGAGGAAGGCGAGGACGAGGCGGUAGCGGUGGCGGAGACGCCACGGACGGACAGAGCAUUCCUGGAUGAGUUGAGUAGCGUAGCGUGA